UCUCUUUCCCCGUUAAAAUGACAACCAAACUGGGGAUUUUUCCCCUACCCUCUCCCUUCCCUCCCCUCUCUUCCUCUACCUCCAAUUUAAACGCACUGUGACUCGGAGCUUCUGAACAUGGAAGGAGCUCGAGCUCCCUCUCUGGUGUCUCUGUGCAUGGAAGCGGCCAAGCAGGACCUUCUCCGAGGGGACGAUCUUCUUCGGGAUGUGUACGAGCUUCCUCCCUACUUAUUUGAUGAGCUGCUGAUGCGCUCGCCGCCGUUGGUUUUGCACAAGCUGCAUACUGGAAUGCCGAAAUGGAAAUGGGAUGACCAUGAUGUGUUCAGUCCGUCCUCUGAGAAUGCUAGAAAACGGAGGUCUAGGUGUGGGAAUUUCGAUCGGGCGUGGAUGGCAUUGUUUAAGUUGCGCUGGCCUGAUGCUUUCGAACUUUUGCAUCCUGCCGAUUGGCAACAGGCGUACUGGGAAAAACAUUUGCAGAAUUGCCUAGAUGAAGCAGCGGAGAAGGCCAUGCUCCCACGGUUUGAUGGUCGAAUAAGUGAGAUACUUAUUUCAGACAGUACAUUGAACUAUAUCGGUUAUGCUUCCACUUUUGACUAUUCAAGACUACAUCAUCAUUUCAGACAAUUUGGCUAUUACUUGAGAUCCCUGAGACUUCAAAAUGCGCUUUGUGUUAAAGAGACUUGUGAUUUACUUAGGAAAUCUAGAUUGGAAAGCUUGAUCCUACGGUGGAUCAGAUUGCAGGAACAUGUGGACGCGCUAUGCGAUCUUCUGAUCUGGAAUUCUGAAACAUUGACAUCCAUAGAAUUUAUUCACUGCAAUCUUUCUUCAAGAUCCGUCGAUGCAAUAUGCGGUUCUCUUUACUCAAAGGGCAGGCAAUGUCAUGGAAUACAGCAUUUCUCUGUUCAUGGAUCAAGCUUUCUUGACUCUAAUAGAGUUACUUUACCUUACAGUUUAUCAUCAUUUCUUUCAUCGGGAAGGUCUUUGUGUUCAUUGAGAUUUUGUGACAACCGACUCGACUGGAAUUUUGCAAGACAGGUUUUUAGUACCCUUCUUAAUGGUUCAUCUGAUCUAUCCAUCCUCGAUCUUUCAGAAAACAAUAUCAGAGGAUGGCUUUCUAAUUUCAACGGGAAAUUCCUAGGUGGCCCUCUGCCAUCUUUGGUAGAUGGAAAAUCUUUGCAAAGUUUGCGUGUGCUCAAUCUCAGGGGAAAUAACCUCCAGAAAGAAGAUAUGGACAAUCUAAGAAAUGCUCUGUCUCAUAUGCCCAGCUUGGAGAUGCUAGAUGUAAGUGACAACCCUAUUGAAGACGAUGGAGUAAGGAGUCUAAUUUCCUUCUUCAUUGAGGCUUCUGAAGAACGGUGUCCCUUGAUCGAGUUGAAUUUGGAAAACUGUGAUCUCUCCCGUACUGGAGUUACUGAACUAUUCAGUACAAUUUCUUCCAUGAAGAGACCACUUAGAUCUCUUUCUAUUGGGGACAACAACCUUGGCAGCCAAGUGGCAGCAUCUUUACUGGGGUUCAUUGGGUCGCAAAUUCUAGUGCUUAGUAUCGGAGGGAUUGGUCUAGAUUCUUCUGGCUUUCAGGAACUGCAGAAAGUAUCUUCCUCAGAUAUAAAGCUUACAAAGAUCGACAUUAGUAAGAACCGCGGUGGGAUUGAAGCUGCAAAGUUUUUGUCGAGACUAAUUGAAAGGGCUCCGGAACUAGUUACGGUCGAUGCUUCUCAUAAUUUCAUACCUGCCGAAUCAUUGACCAUCUUAAGUUCAUCCUUGAAAUUUGCAAAAGCUAAGCUCGAGCAUCUGGACCUGAGGGGAAAUAACUGGGACAGCCUCCCCACUGGGGCUUCCGAGCUUUUCAAUCUUAAACAUAACGGGAAGCCCGUUGUGCUCUUCUCGUCAUCUGCAGCUCCAAACUUCCCUUACGAUGACGAUCCAUAGAUGAUUCAUUGGUCUCAGAUGCACUCGAUCUGCCCGUCAGAAGAGGUUGCUCAUCACAUUCUUGCCUAGCCUUUUCAGGUGUUACUCUUACUGGAUAAGAACACAUAGACAAGAGCUGCUGAGUUCAACUGUCGUUUCUAUGAUCAUAUACGCAAUACCGUCCGGUGUAUUUGUUCAUGAACUUACGAGCGCAAUUACUCCAGACAAGGUACAGGGUGUAAUUACGAUACUAUUUAGCAUUUACAUCUUUGAUUGGCAGUUUUGUUUAUUGCGCUCUUCGUAAGGUAUAUGAGGAGUAGCUCGUGUUUUUGUAUAGGAAAAACCUGCUUUUUUGAUAGAAUCACUGUCCAGCCCCUGAAAAGAAAUGGGCUGAGCAAUCGCAUUGUAUGCUACGGAUCAUAUCUUUCUAGAAACAUCGAAUCGUAUGGAAGGUUUAAGGAAAGGCUAGGAUUUUAAGAUUUAUAAUCAGACUGCAUGUCCUGGCAAUGUCUUUUACUUGAGCUGUCUCUGAUUAAGAAUAGCAUAACCCAACAUUAUGAACCCAAAAGUGAGAAAGUGGACAACUCCUUUUCCUUUAUAUAUUUGUCAGGCAUUAGUUUAUGUUCUAAAGGGGUUGUUGGGUUGGCUUUGUCAUGGAUUUCUUUUGUAUUCUGUUCCUAAUAAUAUGCCUUUUGGGAUCA